UGAAGCCUCAUAUAUAUAUAUAAACAGGCAGGCCAGGAUUUCUUCCCACUGCCUCUGAGGCCCUCCUCCUCGACUUUUCGUCUCAGUGUAGGCUGUGAAGAACAAAAACCAUCAACAUGUCUGAGAAAAAGAUGACUUCGAGCCGCAGGCACCACCUGAAGAGUUUGGUUCUUCAGGUGGCAGCCAAUUGGUUGGAGCAGGAGAAAAAGGACCUUGUGACCGCCAAGGAGAAUUACAUGUCUGAGAAUUGCGCUGCUCCUGACAUGAGUGGAGACCAAGCCGCCCUCCAGGAAACCUGCAAAAAGCUGCACGCUCUCAUUGACAAGAUAGAUGAAGAGAGGUAUGACCUGGAGGCCAAAGUGGGGAAGGCCGACAAAGAGAUUGAAGACCUGAAGAUCAAGGUGGUCGACCUCCAGGGAGUGAAGAAGCCCGCCCUGAAGAAGGUGCGCAUGUCUGCCGACGCCAUGCUGAAGGCCCUGCUGGGCUCCAAACACACGGUCAACAUGGAUCUGAGAGCCAACCUGAAGCAGGUCAAGAAGGAGACCAAAGAGGAGCCAAUAGAGGCAGUCGGCGACUGGCGUAAGAACAUUGAGGACAAGGCUGACAGGAAGAAGAUGUUCGAGUCCUCCUAAAGAACUGAACUCUAUCUCUGCAGCUGUGCUGGGCUGCUGCCACAACUUUUUUUUUUUUUUUUUGAACUUCUGGAAGUUUUCAUUGAAUUGAAAUGCAUUUGUUUCAUUACAUCAUAAUCUGUGCUGAUUUGUUUAACCGCA